AAUUCCCGCCGUUUUUUUUUUUCAGAUUUUAUUUUAAAAUAAUUAUUUUGAUGUGAUGUGCUUAUCGGUAAUUUCCAAGUUUAGUUUUUAAUUUAUGAGAAUAUUGUUUUAGAGACUUUAUAAUUAGUAAGUUUUCCUUUUCUGGAUAUUUAUUACUACUAAACAAUUACAGCGAUGAAUUCUCUUAAAAACAUUGUAAACAGGCUUAAAAAUAAAAUCAGGAAAAUGAAUGGUAGCGAUCCAGUAACAGCUAAUGAGGCACAAAUAGAUACCUCCAUAUCAAUUAAAAAAGCGUUAAGAAAUGAUCACGAUUAUCUAUCUAAAAUUGAAACUAAUACUGAAGAUGAAGUGUUGAAAGCUGUUGAAUUAAAUGCAUCCAAAGAUAUAAAACCAAACCUUAAUGAUACCAAUUUUGAAAUGUGCGCUAAAAUUAACAAUGAAACUGAUGUAAAUGAUACUGUGGAUGUUAAAAAUCCAAAUAUUCACAAUAGUGGCUUUAAAGUGGGCAGUGAAACGGACGUUGAGAAUAUUUUACCAAAAACGAAUGUAAUGUUUUUUAAUGAUACAAUAAACGAGCAACGGAUUUGUGUAAUAGCUGAAACUGAUUCUUUACAAAUUAAAAAAACAAACAGUAGUAGAAACCCGAUAAGUGAUAAGAAAAUAAAUAAUUUCAUGCAAAUUAAUGAUAAAUAUAUUGACGAUAGAAUACUUAAAAACCCAGUUAAUGAUAAAUGUCUAAAUGCUUUUAAAUUCGAUGAAAAUUCAAAAAAAAAUAACCAAAAAGAAAUCAAUGAACCGGUCUGUUUUAAAAAUAAAGAAAUUGACGGCAAUAAAACUGUGAAUAAUGAUAUAACACAGCGCAAUUAUAGUACAAAUGCUAAAUUUACUGAUGAACCCAAUAAUGUUAUCGAGAAUUCAGAAAUUAUAGACUUAACUGAGCCUGUAGUAGGACCUGUUAGGGAAAUUGAUGAAACAAAAUUUAACAUAGAUAUUAUAUCUCUAAGCUCUGAUGAGGAAUUCGAUCAAGGUAACGGAACCAAAUUAAAACAUGAAAUUAACAACCAAACAGUUACUAAUUUGAAACCAAUUCACGACUUAAACACUAUUCCUAUAUCAACGUUAGAAGAAGAACAAGAUUCAGAUGGCUAUCAUUCAUCAGACUUUGAAUUUAUAAGCGAAAACGAAGCAAAAAUGUCAGGAAUUAUCUACAAAUACCCAAAAAUUAACAAAGAACUUUACGGAACUAAAAAUGAAGCUGAUUCUAAGCCCGGUUGUUCUAAUGGUUUCGAAUCUAACACUGAGGAUUCAUUUCAAGAUAAUGGUUUAAACACAUCUAAAGCGUCCGAAAACCGGGUCUUGCCAGCCGGAGAAAAUUAUUUGAAUUUAUUUAGAGGUGUCUAUGAUCCUGUGUUACCACAUUCGGCCAUAUUUUUCUUAGAAAACAAGUCAAUUAGGCCUAUAAGAAUGAACGUGGAUUAUGAAGGAAUGGGCUUUGAUAUGCAGCUGAUGAGAAGCGAUUCAUCUGACACCGCCAACGUACAAUGUAUUUCAACUUUAAAUUAGUCUACUGUAAAGUUCACGCAUUGUCGCUUAGUCACGUUUGCCUUUCAAGCGUCGAUAUGAUCGUAUCAAGAAAUUGACUUUUUCUCCUGAGAGUAAGUAUUCCUUAAAAAAACAUUGUUUCAGUCAAUGAAGAUGCAUUGGAGACGAAAAAUAAAAUACUGAACAUGUACCCCAUUGAGAACACGAGAAGGAACCGUCGACGUUUCCGUUAAAAAUUUAUAUAAUUAUAUCACCAUCGACAUUGUGGAGAUUAAAAGUACAAUAAAAACAAUUGCUCGUAUAAAUUCUAUGAACUAAAAAAACCAACUCAGUAGGUAUAAGAAGUUUAUUAUAAAAUAUUUACAAUGAGUUUUAUAAACACUAACUAAACCUAAUCGAUAAAGGUCUAUACGAUCUACUGUAGAGCACUGCUUAAAAAUAUGAAUAUUUAUUUUUGUAUGAAUUUUACAGAGGAGAUAAUUACUGAUGUUGAUUUGGGAAUAAUUUCAAAGGCGUAGUAAUUUUACAAAAAGAAGUAGUAAACUUGCUUUUUUUUCAAAAGUUAAUAUGUAAAUUUUCUUUAACCAUUUUGUAUGUAUAUAUAUAUAUAUAUAUAUUUCACCCAUUCGGCCAAUGCAAAAUAUAGCUUCCGCUAUGUCCCAGCCGCCUUUAAAACUAAUCGACUCGAAUAUCGAUCUUUGAACGAAACUAUUUCCACUUACAUUUGAAAUCGUUACAGGAAUGUUUUAUCUAUAAAUAUAUAUUAAAAUAAUAAUAAAAAAAAACAAUCUCGUUACAUAAAUGCAGUACAGUAUAAUAAAAAAAAAUAUAACCUAAAAAAAAUGAUAAAAUUUGUCUCAUUAGUAUAUUUAAUUUAAAUCUACGAAGCUUGCGUUUCGCGUCAACAGUUGUAAUUAAAAAAUAAUAAAAUAUAAUUUGUUACAUUUUGCUAUUGCGGGAGAAAAUACAAUAAAAUCCAUCAUGUAUGUAUAUUUUUUAUACUUCCAACAUCGUCCUGAGUUUGCAUUGUUUUUAUCUGUCACCUCAAUUAAAUACUAGGCUAUAAUUUGAAUGACGCUUCAUAAAGUCGUUAAAGAUUCAAUGCAUCUCAAAUUAUAUUUUAUUUUAACAUAAAUUAUAAUAAUUGCAGGCAUUUCACUUUAGUAUUUAAAACAUGUUGAUACAUACAAAGCUUGUAAUAUGAAAUACGAUUUUUUCUUUCUUUCUAUAUAUUAUUAUAUAACUUUGUGUCAUAAUAAUGUCUACUAUAGGAAAUAGUAGAUUUAAUAUAGUCAUUAUGUAAAUUAUGCAUUUCUUUAAUGUCAUUAACAUUAAUGAACACAA